UUCACUGCGACCUGUCAUCUCAUGCCGGCUGGCCCUGUGCCUGUUCAAGGAAAGGUUGUGCAUCUGUAGCUAAAAAAAAAACAGUAGCAUAUAAUAUCCUGCUGUUGCAAUUGAGGUUUCAAUUGAGGUUUCCUGUUAUUUGUUGUCAUAGCGACGAAAGCAUUCGUAAUACGGAGAUACAACGAGACCUGAAAUGAACCGAGGACAACUCAAACUAAAGAAACUCCAAUGCAAACACAUUCCAGCGCACAGAUGAAAUGUUGACAGAAUUAUCAAUUACCUGAACAGUCCGUUUCAAAGACCGGGAAUCAGUUUCACCACCAGUGGGCUAUCACGUUUCGUUGACAAAAAUCAUUUCGUUGCUCGAAUAGUUUUUUCAAAUGCUGAUCUACUCCGGAAAUGGCAUUAAGCGUGUGUGACCUCUCCAGGCGUAAGUAUAAAAAAACAAAACGCGAAAGCUUUCAUGCAUUUGAAUUCCCUUCGCUUUCACAUAAUUCCACAAAGACGAUUCGUUUUUUUUAGGGGUGUGGUUUACCUGCCUUCAGGUGAGCGUAAACCUGGGACGCAACGUCAAUCAAACAGGUUCCCCAACCCGAGCUGUUCUUGCUUGCUGGCAAAGCAUGACGACACCUGCUCUAUUCUCCGUAUCGGUUCACUGUAACUUUUAAAACCUUCCUUUUUUUUUAAAGAAGCGCUUCAUGAUUUCUUUUAUUUAACAAAUAGAUUAGAUAUUAUCGAUAGUGGAACCGUGAACGGCGCUCUAAAACACAGUCCGCGCGUUCAAUGAAACCUUUACCGGAGCAAUGGGGCGAACGUCCGAAGAAGACCGCUGAACCGUCCCUGGGUGAGAUGAACGGCGGAGAACAGAAAGCGGCACCUAGAAACCACUCCGAAGAGAAAACAACAACCCCUGGAGAGAAUGAGCCGCCGGCCCAGCUGAACGGGCGGACGCUGUCCCGCGACGUCGUCGACCCCGCCUCCCAGCCGCCUUUCGACUCCCGCCCCCCGUCCCCGACCUUCACCCCGAGCCCCCACCCGCCCCGGGAGCAAUGGGGGGGCAAGUACGAGUUCCUGCUCUCCUGCAUCGGGUACUGCGUCGGCCUGGGCAACGUGUGGAGGUUCCCUUACCUGUGCUACCGCAACGGAGGAGGAGUCUUCCUCAUCCCGUACUUCAUCAUGCUCUUCUUCACGGGCGUGCCCCUCUUCCUCAUGGAGCUGAGCCUGGGGCAGUACGGGGCCGCGGGGCCCAUCACUGUCUGGAAGUGUUGCCCUCUGCUCAAAGGUAUAGGGAUCGGGAUGCUGUGCGUCUCCACCCUGGUCUGCCUCUACUACAACGUCAUCAUCGCCUGGACCUUCUACUACCUGGGCAGCUCCUUCCAGAGCCCCCUGCCUUGGUCCUGUGAGGCCGAGGCCAACUUCAAGCUCUGUGGGCAAAACAACACAGUAAACGGGUCUAGCCACAGGACUCUGAGCCCCACAGAGGUGUUCUGGAACGAGCGUGUCCUGGGCGUGGUGAACAGUGAGGGCCUGCAUGACCCGGGCCCCGUGCGGUGGCCCCUGGCUAUCUGCCUGCUGGCCGCCUGGAUCAUCAUCUUCCUCUGCAUGCUGAAGGGCAUCCGCAGCUCCGGCAAGGUGGUGUACGUCACAGCCACGUUCCCCUAUUUCGUGCUGGUGGUGCUGAUCAUCCGAGGGGCCACGCUGGAGGGGUCCCUGCAGGGCGUGGCCUUCUACCUCACCCCUGACUGGAAACGCCUGGCCAGUGCACAGGUGUGGAACGAUGCUGCCUCACAGAUAUUCUACUCUUUGGGAAUCGGAGUUGGGGGCCUGCUCUCCAUGGCUUCCUACAACAAGUUUGACAACAACGUCAUCAGGGACACGAUCGUCAUCACCGUCGGCAACUGCUGCACCAGUUUCUUCGCCGGCUUCGCCAUAUUCUCCGUCCUGGGUCACAUGGCCUGGAGGAAGAACGUGCCGGUGGGGGAGGUGGCCGACACAGGUCCAGGCCUGGCGUUCGUGGCUUAUCCUGAGGCCCUUGCCCUCCUGCCGGGCUCGGUGUUCUGGUCCAUCCUCUUCUUCCUCAUGAUGUUCAUGCUGGGCGUGGACACGCUGUUUGGUAACAUGGAGGGCAUCACCACGGCGGUGCUGGAUGAGUUUCCCCAGCUCAGGAGGAACAUGAAGGCCAAGUCCCUCUUCCUGGGAGCGCUCUGCUUCGGCUUCUACCUGAUGGGCCUGCUGCUCAUCACCGACGGAGGAAUCUACUGGUUCACCCUGAUCGACUCGUUCAGCACCAGCUUUGGCCUCAUCAUCAUCACGCUCUUCAUGUGCCUGGGGAUCUCCUUCUUCUACGGUAUAAACCAAUUCUGUCAAGACAUCAUUGACAUGAUCUGCCGUUGUCCACCCUGGUGUACCAAAGUCCUGCUCUACUUCAAAGCAUGCUGGGUAUUCUGCACCCCCUGCCUCUUAUUGUUCAUCCUGACGUACAUCUUCAUUGAGAUGUACAACACCUCGCUGCAUUAUGGGUCGUACGUCUUCCCGCGCUGGGGCAAAGCGCUGGGCGUGUGCAUGGGUGCCACCUGCUGUCUGCAGAUCCCCAUCUGGGCCAUCGUCGCCAUCGCCAAGGAGUCGGGCACGCUCAGAGACCGUUUCAGAAAGGCCAUUCGACCUUUGAACUCCUGGCGAGUCAACAACCUGAACAGUCAGGCUGGCGGCGCUGAGCGGGUGGAGCCGGAGAGGGUAGAGGCGCCCUUCACCGUCAACCUCACGGACAUGGACUUCACCUCCAUGUCGUGGGAGAGCUCAAGCCAGGCGUGAGCCCCACUGGAACACUGCCCCCAGUGGCGGGAGGUCAGACGUGCAGGGGGCGGGGGGAAAAAAAUGGAACCUGGAGUGUACGAACGGCCGAGUUCCUACCUCACAAUCUCGUCCAUUUCUUGAAGACUCUUCCGUAAUGCUGAAGAUAUUAUGCAUUUUAAUCAUGUCGUCUUUACGGUGGAUUCCCACGGUGACCAGGUUCUGGUUCAUCUGGGGGAUCUCCUGUCCAUUUAAGUGUUUAAACGUCUGGCUGGUUACAGGCAGCUUACGAUUUCAGCCGGCCUAAAAAGUAAAGCGGACUCUUGUGGUUUCAACAACAUGUGGUCUCAUUGGCCGGACUAUGGUACCGGCUCCAGCAAACGUCCAAUAGGAAUAGGAAACAAAAGUCCAACAGGAAAGGAAACAUCCAAUAGGAAGGAAGGACCCGUGAGGCCCCUCCCUCAGAUGACCAGUGGGUGGAGAUGGAGGUUGUGUGUGAGCAUUGGGGAUUCUUCUCUGAACCCUGACCUUUUUAAUCUCUUGCAACCUGUUUAUUUACCUGAGACCUGUUCACUUACCUGGGACCUGCAAACUUACCUGCGACCUGUUUACUUACCUGAGACCUGCUCACUUACCUGGGACCUGCUUACUCACCUGCGACCUGUUUACUCACCUCCAACCUGUUUACUUACCUGAAACCUGCUUACUUACCUGGGACCUGCUUACUCACCUCCAACCUGUUUACUUACCUGGGACCUGUUUACUCACCUCCAAACUGUUUACUUACCUGAAACCUGCUUACUUACCUGGGACCUGCUUACUCACCUCCAACCUGCUUACUUACCUGUGACCUGUUUACUCACCCGCAACCUGUCUGCCGUCAUGCCAACAGGUAAGGUCCCACACGCUAUAAAAUGGAGUAGAAGGGGAAGACCUGCUCCUCUGCUCCACAACUGAAAAAGCUCUAAUAACACAGAGCGAAACUGUGGCUGGAAAUGAACGCCGUUUUAGUGUGUGUGGGAAGACCACGAUCUGGGUCCCAUUCAGUCACAGUUUAUUCUUUACAUUUGAACCAUUUUAAAAGUGCUCUUAUCCACAAACUAUAUUUCCAUUUUUAUGGAAAGCAUUGGUUUCUUUUCUGGACAGGUUUGUGAGUCAGUGGUGUUGCUACUAAACUCUUUCAAUGCCUAGCAGCUGAAUCGCUUCCUUAAUUCUGAUUGGCCGCACAAUCCCUUGCAUUCUCUGCUCACUACUGCGAAUGAGAACUGGGUUCUCUUGUGACCUACCUGGCUAAUUAGAGCUAAAUUGAUAUCAGAUAUUCUGAAUUGAGGGCUGUUUAGCUGCAGUGAAGCAUAGCUGCCUAUAGGGGGCGAGAGAGAGUGCACAGGAGGGACGGAGCGAGUUUUAAAAGGAAUAGGAAGAGGAAGAUAUCUUGAAUUCACAAAUAGACACAAGGCACAGGCACAUUCCUGGUGCUAGAGAUCUUGGUUUGAGAAGGAGGUUCCCAAACCGUCCACACCUCCCCCCAGUCCCUAAUACCGUCCCUAACACAGUCCCUAACACCGAAGCCUUCUCAUGACUGACUGUUACACCCGGUUGUUAUUUUCACAGUGAAAUAACACUCAUACAGCAGGAUUAUGGACUUCUGCAGGGUUCCUGUGGCAAACUCAAACUUAAGCUGAGACUCUUGCCCUGGAAAAACACACAGGUUGUAUAUAUUGUAGGGUAGGAAUCUAACAUUGCCUUAGUAGCAACACUGAGUUAUAUAUAUUCUAGCUAGUGUUCCAAAGCUGCUUACUUUUUCAAUGUCAUAAAUUUGGCAUUUUGAAUAGUGAUAGAGUAAAAAAAGAUUUUUUUUAAAUGACAUAAUUAUGAAACAAUUCUAAAUAUUGAUGAGGGGUAAUACCGCAUGCUGGUUUUUACCGUGUGAAGCUGUGUAUGAAGGGUGUUGUAUGCUGAGUGUCCCCUAAAAAAACCUAAAUAAGACAGUCAAAUUAACCCUGUGGGUAUCGCCUGUGCAGCAUUAGAGUGUGUGUGUGUGUGAGACUGUGUGUGUGCGUGAGACUGUGUGUGUGUGUGUGUGUGUGUGCGCGUGAGACUGUGUGUGUGUGUAUGCAUGUGUACACUUAUACUUUGUUUAGCACAAAGGGGGAAAUUUACCAUGUAAUUAUGCUAUCGUAAAGGAAGUGUGCAAACCUUUAUGUAAAAUAUCCUGUCUGCGGUUUCAUUUCUGUAAGCAUUACCUUUCAUUUUUAAAAAAUAUAAACUUGUGUAACAAAUCUAAAUGAUAUAUUUUGAUAGCAAUAAUUGCAUGGCAUGUCCUACAAAUGAUUGAUAAGUUAUGUAAUUUUAUAAUUUGUAUGUUUAAUUUAUAAUGCGUAUAAUGUAUCAAGUGCCCAGCUUCCAGGAGGAAUGGGACGGGGAACGUAAUAUGCAGGUCUUAUUUGUCUCAAGCAUUCAAGUUUCUUUUUACUUUGUUUCUGGAGAAUAUAGAGCUGUCUUUCUUAUUUGCUCGGAAAUCCACGAGUACUCUCUGCGGUAGGGGAUAGGGUUCCGGUGAGAAGUGGGGGGGGGGGGGGGCUGUCAGAAAUCACACAUUUUAUUUUUAUAUUCAUUCUAUGAACUGGGAAUAUCUCCAGAUGCAGACGUGCUUUUGCGUCCUCUUCAGCCUGACCCGAUGUCACAGUAAGUGUGACAUUAAUAAGUGUGGCCCUCUUUGCUUGUGUGUCUGGCUGCAGUGAGCUGGGUUUCUGUGCGUUUCGCCACUUCAGUGACACAUUUGACCCUUCAGGGCGUGAGGUCACAAAUAUGCGAUCAGAAUGUUCUUGGAUGAACAUUCUAAUGCUGAUGUCACAAUCACUACUGGCAACUGAAUGUAACUGUGUUCUCGAACACUGACUAAGAAUUUAAAUAUAAAAAAAAAAAAAACUAAAAAAACAUUCCAAAGAAGCUACUCAUCAAAGUUAAGCCUCUUAUUGGCUAACGAGUUCGCACACCUUGUUUUUUUUGAGCCCUUAACUGGCUGCUGAUUGGAAGUCAACCAUGAAAACCCGCAGACACUGCAGCUCUCCAGGACUAGCCUGACAUCCAUUAUCUUGGAAAUGUUCUGUAAAUGUACGCAAUAAAAAAAACUGUACUGUA